GCAGGCGGCGGGCGCUGGUGUUUGUUUCUCUGCCUUACGCAGAGUCGCCUUCUGCAGCUUCCCAUGGCGAGCGUGGCAGCUCGGAAGAGCCGGGCCGCCCUGCGGCUCUGCGCCACAGUUCUUUUACUUGAUGUGGCCCUCUGUAAAGGAUUUGUAGAAGAUUUAGAUGAAUCGUUUAAAGAUAAUCGAAAAGAUGACAUUUGGCUUGUAGAUUUCUAUGCACCAUGGUGUGGCCAUUGUAAAAAACUGGAGCCAGUUUGGAAUGAAGUUGGUCUUGAGAUGAAAAGCAUUGGUUCUCCAGUUAAAGUUGGAAAAAUGGAUGCUACUUCCUAUUCUACUGACACAGAUGGUGGUUAUAUAGAAGAACGGUAUGAAGUGUCUAGAAGUGAAAUUGAAAGCCAAGAACAGAUAGACGAGAGCAAAGAACAGGGGCCCAGCAGUGGAGGAUCUCUAGUGCCUACAGUGCAAGAGCCCAAGGAUGUAUUAGAAAAGAAGAAAGAUUGA